ACUCGCGCGGCGGAGCGCGGCAGCCCAGGCCCGGUGGGGCUCUGCUGAGAGGAUCCCGGGCGGGGGUCGGUCGUGGCGUGCCUUGGAAGGGAACGAGCUGGCCUCAGCCCUCGGGCGGUAGAGCAAGCUCUUAGCCUCGCAGGCUGGCUGCGCCCGCACGGGGCUCCUGGAGCCCCGUUGGUCCCCUUUUGGCCGCUCGCUGGAGCCCGUGCUCCCGACUGUGCGCGGUGGCUGGACUCGGAGCUAGCUCGGCUCGCACACCCCUCACCGCUCCGCGCCUGGCUCGCUAGCGAAGGCCGAGCGAAGGCGGGCGGGCGGGGGAGGUGAGGGGUGCGGGUGUGUGUGUGUGUGUGUGUGUGUGUGUGUGUGUGUGCAUGUGCAUGACUGGGUGCACACCCCGCAAGGCGGCAGAGCCAGGACGCCCAGCGCUCCCUGGAGCCCCGCUGCCUCGCCCGACUCCGGCAGCCACGACCAUGUUCCAGCCCGCGGCCAAGCGGGGCUUUACCAUAGAGUCCUUGGUGGCCAAGGAUGGUGGCACCGGCGGCGGCACUGGCAGCGGGGGCGCGGGCUCCCAUCCCCUGGCGGCUGCCGCUUCAGAGGAACCGCUCCGGCCCACAGCACUCAACUACCCUCACCCCAGCGCGGCCGAGGCAGCCUUCGUAAGCGGCUUCCCCAGCGCCGCCGCCGCCGCGGGUGCCGGCCGCUCGCUCUACGGAGGGCCCGAGCUCGUGUUCCCCGAAGCCAUGAACCACCCGGCGCUGACGGUGCACCCGGCGCACCAGCUGGGAGCCUCCCCGCUGCAGCCUCCGCACUCUUUCUUCGGCGCCCAGCAUCGGGACCCUCUCCACUUCUACCCCUGGGUGCUGAGGAACCGCUUCUUCGGCCACCGCUUCCAGGCGAGCGACGUACCCCAGGACGGGCUGCUUCUGCACGGGCCCUUCGCGCGCAAGCCCAAGCGGAUCCGCACGGCCUUCUCGCCCUCGCAGCUGCUGCGGCUGGAGCGCGCCUUCGAGAAGAACCACUACGUGGUAGGAGCCGAGCGGAAGCAGUUGGCUGGCAGCCUCAGUCUCUCAGAGACACAGGUGAAGGUGUGGUUCCAGAACCGGAGGACAAAGUACAAACGGCAGAAGCUGGAGGAGGAAGGCCCCGAAUCUGAGCAGAAGAAGAAGGGGUCCCACCAUAUCAACCGGUGGCGCAUUGCCACGAAGCAGGCCAACGGGGAGGACAUCGAUGUCACCUCUAAUGACUAAGGGAACAUCCAGGAACCUGAGGACAGAGUGCUGCUUGCUGCUGGUCAGGGCCUGAGGGGCCCACGCUGGACUCUGGUCACUCCCUGGCCAGGCUGCAGGGAGGCCUCCAGUCACAGCUCCACAGGGCUUGGAGCCUGGGGCCAUCAUGGGCAGAGGGACAAGAAAUGGCUGGCUAAGGCCUGGCACUGCUUGGCCUUCUCUGUGGAGAGCCUGCCUGCCUAGGGUGGGCCACCUGUUACUGCAGCCUCCUGCUGCUCUCCAAUUCUCUUAGCUCCUUUUUGUUUCCAUGCAUUUCUGUUUUAAUUUAUUUUCCAGGCACCUGCUGUAGUUCUUAGUGAUCCCCUUGUGUCUCCCUUCCCUAUGGGAAUAAUAAAAGUUUCUCUCUUAAUGA